AUGUCUGGCGGACUGGCCGAGGUGCCAAAGGAGGCAUGGGUAGACUAUGCACAGGCGGUUGCGCAAGUCUUUGCGCUUGCGGGCUUUGCCGGGGUACAGGCGAGCGAGUGGGACGCAGCGUCGCAUGCGCAGGCUGUCUCGUGGGCCGAGCUGUUUGCGGCGCUCGGCGAGGCACUACGUGAUGGCAGCGAACCGCGACCUGCGGUGACGGCGGGGGAGAUACUUGCCGAGCUGCGGGCGGCGGGUGCGCCAUUUACCUCGGUGGAGAGCCUGUGCGGUGCACGGGAGCUUCUGGAUGCGACGCUGCUGGGCAACGUGGGAGUGGCAGCACAGCCGGAGCUUCUGGCUACGGUCGUGGCGGCGCUGGCGGAUCCUCAGGCGGCACUGGCACAGGCACUACAGCAGAGCGCCGAGGAUGCGGUCGGAUGGCGGGUGGCGGCGGCAGCGGACAAGUUGGCAGAGGCUGGGCGGAAAGCCGCGAGUGAGGGCGAGCCGUGGGUGGUGGCGAUGGCGCGUGAGGAGCUCGGCGACGGCGGCGGCGGCGAGAUCGGGGCCGCGGAGUUGGCGCAGGCACUCAAGGCACUGAGAGAGAACGAGAACGGAAGCGAGGGCGAGGGUGAGAUGGUGGAUGCGGCAGUGCGGACGGUGGCGCGGGCAGCGCUGGCGGGGGUGGCGAGUGCUGGCGAUGUGGAUGCGACGGCAGCGGCGCUGGCGACGAUGAGCAUGUCGCGGGCAGGCGAGGUUGCAGUAGCGGUAGCCAAUUAUCUCGCAUACCUCUCCGAUGACGACGAUGUUUAA